AUGGCGGUGACCUCCGGGAGACAGGUGGAACUGGACAGAGAUCUCUCCCACCAGAAACCUUACUGGAAAGAAUUUAGGUUCGAUUUGACGCAGAUCCCGAAAGGGGAGUUGGUAACAGCAGCCGAAUUCCGAAUUUACAAGAUGCAAAGUUUCAGCAGGCAUGUGAAUGAAACUCUUCACAUCAGCAUAUACGAGAUAGUCCAGGAACACCACAAGAGGGAUCCAGACUUGCUUUUCUUGGAUGUUCAGGAUUUCUCGGCUGGCACAGAAGGCUGGCUCGUGUUUGACAUUGUAGCUGCCAGCAGUCAUUGGCUACUGAAUCACAAGUACAACUUGGGCUUGAGACUUUAUGUGGAAACAGAUAACGGACAGAGCAUUGAUCCUGGGCUGGCCGGAUUCCUGGGCCGCCACGGGCCACGCUCCAAGCAGCCCUUCGUGGUGAUGUUCUUCCGGGCAAGCCACAACCAAGUCCGCGUCCCACGAGGCGUCAGACAGCUGAGAAAGAGGCAGCGCAAGAAAAGCCACAACUUCUCUCACUUGCAUCGGCUCCCGGGGUCCUUUGAUGAUGCCCAUGUUUCAGAAGGGAGGCAGGUAUGCAAGAGACAUGAGCUGUAUGUCAGUUUUCAAGACCUUGGAUGGCUGGACUGGGUCAUCGCCCCCAGGGGCUACUCGGCCUUCUACUGCGAAGGAGAGUGCGCGUUCCCUUUGGACUCCUGCAUGAACGCCACGAACCACGCCAUCCUCCAAUCCUUGGUCCACCUGAUGAAGCCAGAGGCUGUCCCCAAGGCCUGCUGCGCCCCCACCAAGCUCAGCGCCACGUCCGUCCUCUACUACGACAGCAACAACAAUGUCAUCCUGAAGAAACAUCGCAACAUGGUGGUGAAGGCGUGCGGUUGCCACUGAGGCUGAGUUGCAGCUGGAGGAGGGGGUGGAGGGAGGAAAAGCCGGAGGAACAGCCCCAAACCCACCCUCUGGGGGCACCAAGGAAAGGCAGCCCCUCCAUCCAUCCACGAGCAGGAGAAAAGCAACAGCCUGACCCUGGCGCAGGAAGUAAGGUGUCGGCCUUCCCCAACCCAACACUCUCGGCUGACCCCCCCGCGUGUCCCUUUGGCUCCCUCGAUGGCUGGAAGCGGGUCUGCUGGCACCCUGAGCCAACGAAGACCAUCUCUCCUGGAAGGGUCUCUGCCCAGGAAGUGAGAACCUGACUUCGUGGCACACAAACAGGUCAGAUCUCUUACUCUCAGCUGAUCUUGCACUUUAAAUGAAAUUAAAACCAUGCAAAUCCGCAUGCUUCUUUUGCAACAGUGAGCAACUUUUCAGCCUUGACCUUCCCCUAUAUAUUUUUAAAACACUGAAUGGAGACUUGAACUUGCAAGGUUUGGUAUAAACAGGUCCUGGACAGUUGGGCUGGCAGGGGAGAAGAAAGCUACUAGGGUGUCACCUAUUGCUCUUCCUGAAGCACGGAGCCGUUGGCAGGGCUUCCUGCACCUUGCCCAUCCCCUCUUCAAGAGAAGUUCCAGCUUCUGUGCAAAAGAUGCCACCCACACCAAACUAAAAUGAGGAGAAGUCCCAGCGGUGGACGUCAGUGGGCGACACAAGGGCCUCUGUGCCCUGGGCGUGCCGAACACCCAGCCUUGGGUUCAGCAACAGCUGCGAUCCUCCUUUUUGCACGAGACCCUCGAGCAAAGGGGGAAAUUGCCAGAAGGAGGCAGGUGGGGUUUGCAAAAGGACUGGCAUGCGAGACACCUCGGUGCUUCCCCCCCAAGGGCAGCUCCACCGCCAGGGGGUCGUGUUCACGCGAUCGAGGUUCUGAGACACGCUUCACAGCUUUCCAGGAGGGGAAUCCUGGUUCCCCAGGGGAAGAGUUGGCUGGCUCUAGAGGGGUUCGUAAGGAAGGACACAAAGGAGGUAAAGCCACAGAGAUUGGGGAAGGGGGCUUCCUGUCCCCACGCACAACACAAAACACACCAUCUUCUUCGCCUUAAAACGCCUGGGAGAUGUUAGGAGAGCCGUUGGUCUUCUCGCU